GCCUUUUGCCGGAGGCUGUAUUUCCGUUAGCGGCGGCGGGAAUCCGAUUCUUGAGGGCCGUCUAGGCCUCUGCUGAGGCGAAUCCGGGGAGAAUCUGAGCCAUCAGAACCGCCACCAUGACGGUCGGCAAGAGCAGCAAGAUGCUGCAGCACAUCGACUACAGGAUGAGGUGCAUCCUGCAAGAUGGUCGCAUCUUCAUUGGCACCUUCAAGGCGUUCGACAAACACAUGAACUUGAUCCUCUGUGACUGUGAUGAGUUCCGGAAGAUCAAGCCGAAGAACUCUAAGCAAGCAGAAAGAGAAGAGAAGCGAGUGCUUGGCCUGGUGCUGCUUCGAGGAGAGAACCUGGUCUCAAUGACGGUGGAGGGGCCUCCUCCCAAAGAUACCGGCAUUGCCCGAGUCCCACUUGCUGGAGCUGCUGGAGGCCCAGGGAUCGGGAGGGCAGCUGGCAGAGGAAUUCCAGCGGGUGUUCCAAUGCCCCAAGCUCCUGCAGGACUUGCUGGUCCAGUCCGUGGAGUUGGUGGUCCGUCCCAGCAGGUGAUGACUCCCCAAGGAAGAGGCACUGUUGCUGCUGCUGCCGCCGCUGCCACAGCCAGUAUUGCAGGGGCCCCGACCCAGUAUCCACCCGGCCGUGCAGGUCCUCCACCACCUAUGGGUCGAGGGGCACCCCCUCCAGGCAUGAUGGGCCCACCUCCUGGUAUGAGGCCUCCCAUGGGUCCCCCAAUGGGAAUUCCCCCUGGACGGGGGACUCCGAUGGGCAUGCCCCCUCCAGGGAUGCGGCCACCUCCCCCAGGAAUGCGAGGACCCCCUCCGCCGGGAAUGCGCCCACCAAGGCCCUAGACUCAUCUUGGUCCUCCUCAGAUCUCUUCCUGUUUCCUGUAAGGCUGUACAUAGUCCUUUUUAUUUUCCUUGUGGCCUACGACAGUUUGUAAUAAAUUCUUCAGAGAAUA